AUGCCUCAAUUCAAGGAUGAGCAUGUCCUGCUCAUCGCGCCAGGCUCGCAAACCACGCUCGCGCAAUUAGGUCUGCCGGAAUCAUUCACUCCCGCAAGCCACCGAUUCCCCACGCGCAUGUUCCCCGCCGAAAAGAAGGGCGAGUAUGAACCGUUCAAAAUUCGAGAAAAAAAGAAACCAGCACCUUCUACAACCGAGACUACAACCAAGACUACGACCGAGACUACAAAUGGACAGGAGAAGUCUGAUGUUGAUAUGGCGGAGGCGCCAAAGCAGGAAGAGACUGAGACCAUGAACGGCGCUACAGAGGAUAAGAAGCCAGAAGAGACGAGUAGUGCUGCCGAAGGAACAAAUGGAACAGAAACCCACCCGGAAGAAGCAGAGCCGAAGGAGGAAACUUUUCUUGAAGAAGAUAUCGUUUCGGACGAGGGAGCCAUAUAUCCUAUACAAAAUGGGCAUAUUGUCGACUGGCCGUGUUUCCUCGCUUUGCUCGAACAUGUAUACAACACUCUCAGCCCGCCAUUCCACACCCCGAUCCUGAUCAUGUCCGAACCAGCCUGGACAGCGCGCGAUCGCGAAAUCUUGACGCAGUUCGUUUUCGAAAAGUUCAAACCUCCUGCGUUCUGUCUUAUGGACUCAGCCCUCGCGGCGUGCUAUGCCUAUGGCACGAUUACUGCGACUGUUGUUGACGUCGGUUACGGCAAGGCAAAUGUCACUGCUGUUCUGGAUUCUGUCGUACAAGAAAAUGGCCGUGGCAUUGCUCUAGAAGGAUGUGGCGGAGAAUCGAUGACGGAUCGAUUGGAGGAGCUGCUCGCAUCAAAAGGGUUCACAAGAGAAAUGUGCGAACAGUUGAAACGCAGCAACAUCACAGAACUUCUUCCCCCGGGAACUCCGUUACCAGGAACCACUGCUGCCAGCAGCCAGAACGGCAAUCCAGCUGCCGCUGCUUCCACGGGUCCAAGUGAAUCGAAUAACGCGUCGAAGCUUCCGCGAGGACCUGGCCGGGGGACCCAAACUGAGAACAACGAGAACGAAGAAGAUGAAGGCAUACUUGAUGUCGCUGCCAUUGUCACGAGCGGUAAUACAAAUGAGUUUCUAGCCAAGCGCGAAAAGGAGAAAGCUGUUGCUGGGCCGAAAAAGGGUGGCGCUGAUGCAAAUAAAGCGAUGAGGCUACCAAACUCGAAACGAGAAACGGCCACCUUUCAAUUUGAGGAGUUUGCGCGCAUUGAGGAUUCAGUUCAAUAUGUGCGGCAGAGACGGGAUGUUGAGGUUGGGAUUGAGCGGUUUCUGCUUGCCAGUCCUGGAAAGGAUAGGAAAGAACGGGGCAGUGGUGGAAUUUUGGAAGAUUUGGCAGCUCAGAUUCAUCACACCAUUCUGGCUGUCCCGGAUGCUACGAAACGUAGUGAUUUGUGGGAUAAUCUGAUCAUCAUCGGGAAUGGAAGUCGUAUUCGCGGCUUUGUGCCUGCUUUGCUAUCUACAAUCACGCAAAAGUACAUACUUUCACCAUCAGCUGGCAUAUUUACCUCUGAAAUUCCCUCCAACAUAUCCACCCCCAUGGCAACCGGCACAACCACUCCAGCGGCUGGAAACCAAACCCCUGGCCCUCUUUACCACCCAGCCGCGCACGGCGUCAACCCUUUACUUGUUGCUGCAACACACGCCAACGCACCCAACAUGCCACCAUCUACACCUGGUAUGGCCGAAAACCAAGCCUAUCUCGCCAUGGCAAGCAUGCACCGGUCCACGGGCCACUCACAAACACCCACCUCCGUCAAAACCGUCAAGCCGCCGGACUACUUUCCCGAAUGGAAAGAUCAGGGCAGCAGUAAUGCGCCCGGUGCUACCGGUGCAGGCGGCACAAACACGACAUCCGCGAAUCCAGCGGGCGCGCCGCGUCCGGGGAUGGAAGAGUCGAUUUUCUUGGGAGCGCAGAUCGCGGCCAAGAUUGUCUUUAUUAAUGAUAACCAGGGCCAGUACAAGGGCUAUUUGCCGCGGUCAGAGUAUAAUGAGAAUGGGCCGUCUGCUAUUCACGAGUAUGCUUUGGUUUGA